AUGUCAGUUGAUGGGCAAUCGCCACGAAGAGGCUCUACAUCCUCAACAAAUACACCAAUCCUUCCGCCAGUAUCAGCAUUUGCGCAAAAGCGCGCUUUAGAAGACGAUCAUCAACCUGCAGUAUCAUCACCUCUCAAUCCAGAAUUCAAAGUUCAAAAGACUGGAGAUGAAACACCAGGUGGCAUUCGUGAACGAGCUUCGAGGGCUAAAAAAGAAUCAUUGAAGAAGAGAGAAUCGAAGGCAGGAUCGCUCGCGCCAGAAGGAAGUGCAAGAGCUACUCCAGAUCCCAGAUCAAGCUCUUCCAACAGAAAGAAAGCAACAAUCAAUUGCGUUACCCCUCUACGAUACAAGAUACCUCCACCGAAACUACCAGAUUUUGAAGCUCCUCGUGGACCGACUCUCGUUCCUUCGCAUACCAAAACCGCCCCAGAUGGUACUGAAAUUCAAUUCCAUGAGACUACCGAUCACGUAUAUAACAAGAAGAACUUUCGAUAUACCCGUGGCAUAGCAGACCCAGCUUUUCCUUCCAUUCUUUACUAUCGACAAACCGAAACGGAACCUUUUGGUGCUCGAUUAAGCUUUGAAGAUUCGGCUCCCCAUAUGAUGAUGGAUGAAUCGGCGAGACAUAUUACAACAGACAAGGGCUUCAGAAUGGCGAAGGCUAAUGUGGGGAUAAGGGAAGGUCGUUGGUAUUGGGAAUGUAAGAUCACAAGUGGUGUGCCAAGGCCUAAAGCAGGAGAGCCAGCGCAAGAGUCGCAUGGACAUGUUCGUAUGGGUUUCGCAAGAAGAGAAGCAGCUCAAGAUGCGCCAGUUGGAUUCGAUGCUUAUAGUUAUGGUAUAAGGGAUGUAGCUGGACAAAGAGUAUGGAUGUCUCGACCCAAGGACUUUUUUCCUGCAGGAGAAUCUAUUUAUGAAGGAGAUGUUAUUGGGCUAGAGAUCAAUCUACCUUCCGAAAAAUUACAUCGAAAAGUCGUCGAAGGGAAUUACAACCCGGCAGUCGAUCUAACUGAUGAAGAUGACGGCGGAAUGGAACGAGCAGAUAUGAUACGAGAUCGAGUUCCUAUUCGAUUCAAAACUCACCUCUACUUCGAACAAAUCGAAUAUUCCACAUGCAAAGAGCUAGAAGAACUCAUGAACCCAUCACCAGUCAUAUCAUCGACUGGGGGUGUCGCAUCUGCAAGUCAAGAUCCCGGGCCAACUCAUCCUGUACCAGCUCUCCGCACUCUUCCGCACUCAUCUAUUAAAGUCUACAAGAAUGGAAAGUUGAUCGGAACACCAUUUACGGAUCUCUUAUCCUUCCUCCCACACGCCUCGAAACCACAACCUCAAGUUGGGGCCAGAGAAGGUCUUGAUGAUGGGAUGCUCGGUUACUUCCCCGCCGUAUCAGUCUUCCGCGGCGGUGCAGCAGAAGUUAAUUUCGGGCCCCAAUGGUGGUAUCCUCCCCCGGCUCGAGCGCAGAAGAUGAUAGCAGCGAGCGAUCGAUACGAUGAGCAAAUUGUAGAAGAUAUUCUUUAUGAUAUUGUUGACGAAGUUGAUUUCUGGAUUAGAGAUGGAGGGGAUAGUGGGAAGGGUAAAAAGAGGGAUUUACAGUUCGCCGACGGAGGGGCGGCAAAUGGCGGGGGACUGGGAGGUGGAGAUGCGGGUGGGGAGAUUAAGGAAUUGGUGCAGGAUGAUGAGUAG